AACUCCCGCUUUUCGGCUUCAAACUCGCUCCCAAUCCGCCGCCAUGACGCGCCCUAGCCGUGAAUUCCCCUAUGCUCCCGGGACGCCCCAGAGUGAGCUCCUCGUCGCGGCGGCCGUGGGCGACCUCGCUCUCCUCGAGCGGAUGGCCAGGAAGCUCGACGGUGGUCGCGGCCGCCUCGCGGAGACGGUGGAAGCCGUUAAAGAUCACGGCGCUGGGGCGCUGCACCUCGCCGCCGGAAACAAGCAGGCGGAAGUGUGCGAGUACCUGGUCGAGGAUGUCCGGGUGGAUGUGGAUGCCCUUGACAUAUGCGGUAGAACACCUCUGGUUUGGGCAAUUACUUGUAAAGAUGGACACGUGGAUAUUGUCAGGUACCUUCUUGAUCACGGUGCCAAUCCAGAUAAUGUCGACAAAACAGGAUUUACCCCUCUCCAUGAGGCUGCCAAAAAAGGGCACUGUGAAGUAGUAGAACUCUUGCUCUCUAGAGGCGCUUAUGUCGAUCCAUUUUCUACUGAUAAUGGAACACCGUUGCACGUUGCUGCUAAGCAUAAGCAGGACAGCGUCAUGAAGAUUUUGCUAGAUCACCAUGCAGAUUGCAACAAGAUUCUUGGCAGUUUCUGCUCACCUCUCAUGCUUGCUAUCCAUAGUCGCUCAGUGAAAUGUGUGAACCUACUGCUUGAGGCUGGUGCCGAUGUGAAGGGUAUGCGUACUACGACGCCCUUGCAAAGUGCUGCAAUGGGUGGCCUAACUGACGUCUUGAAGCCCCUGUUGGAUGCUGGUGCAGAUCCUGAUGUCCGAGAUGAACUUGGUCUCUUACCAAUACAACUCGCGGCAUACUUUGGUACACGCAAAGAUGUCGAGAUCCUGUUUGAAGUUACUUCUUCUCGUAUUCCAGCUGUACAUGAUUGGAGCGUUGAUGGAAUAAUUAGUUAUAUUGCAAAAUCACAGCCAAAGUUGGAGGAUCACCCUUUGUCUAAAAUGUCAGUAGCUAAGUUGAAAGAAGAAGGAGACAAAGCUAUGCAUAAAAAGGAUUUCAAUGCUGCAUUAGAAUUCUAUACCAUGGCUAUGGUUAUUGAUCCUGACAAUGCUGAUUCAACCUUGAUGGGCAAUAGGGGUUUUUGCCGGCUUCUACUGGGCAAUGGCGAGGGUGCUUUAAAUGAUGCCCUUUUUGCAGGACAGUGCAACCUGACUGUGUAUGAAAAGGCAUGUGAUGCAUUUCUUGAUGGUCUCAAAUUGAAGCCAGGGUUUGUUGGAAUAGAGAAGGCGCUAAGGGAAGCUCUGAGAUUAUUGAAAGAAUCUCAUGCUGACAAGAAGAACGGCUCGGAAGGACAAUAUCGUGAAGUCGAGAGGAAAGAAACUGAUGAGGACGUCGGUGGUGGAAGAUGCAGAUGCGCCUGCCGUAAAUUUGCAGUAGGGGUGGACUUGAACUGCUGA